UUGUGCUUGGGUUUCUUUGCAAAUAAGUUGGAGACUUUUGGUGAGUUUGGGAGUUGCCUUGCUUGUUUUCUACAUUGCUACUAAGCCACCGCCACCCAAGAUGUCGAUCAAGAUGGCAGGAAUCCAGCAAUUUGAACUAGGGGAAGGAGUAGAUGGCACUGGUGUUACAACUAAGAUCCUCACCUGCAACUCUUCCAUGGAUCUUAUCAUAGAAAACAAGUCUAAGCUCUUUGGCCUUCACAUUCAACCUCCAUUGCUUGAAAUGUUCUUCGGUCGCCUUCCCUUCGCAAUGUCUCGUGGUUCAAAACUGUAUGCUGAAGCAAAGGGUUCAACAGUGUUCAAACUGUACGUGGGAACCAAGAACAAGCCCAUGUAUGGAGCAGGAAGAAACAUGCAGGACAUGCUAGAUUCUGGAAAUGGAUUGCCAAUAUUGAUUCGAGUAGGCUUGAGCUCCCAUUUUCGGGUGGUUUUGAAUCUUAUCAAGCCAAAAUAUCAUAACCAAGCACAAUGUCUACUAGUCCUGGAUAGCAAAUAUGAUCAGAAACAUCGAACCCAAGUAUAUAACAGCACCUGCACAAUGUAUUAAAUCCCUCUUAAUUACAUAGUGUUUAGAACUCCAUUUUUAUCAGCAUAUAUAUGAAACAUCAUAAACAGAGAGGAAUAUAUAUAU